UGUAACAGGUAACAGGGCCAACCUGUCUUUGAAAACCAGGAAGUGGGCGUUUCCACUGGCAGGUCCGGGUAAUGCUGCGCGCUCUGGCGCAACACAGAAGAAUGGGUUUCCAGUACAAGCGCGUAGGUGAGCCAUUCCAUAUGCCUGAUUGGUUUAAAUUAGGGAAACGCAGAGAGAUGUAGUCAAGCCGAAGACGGGCCGUCUCCGAACCUCGCAUUAAAGUUAAAGAAGCUGUGCUUUGAGACCUACAGGAAAGGUUUUAGGCUUUUCAUCAUUAAGCGGAAACACCUCAAACGCAAAAAGACGGUGUAGUCUACAACUAUAGUUUUCUAAAAAUGAAGGCGCAAUUUAUAGUACCUCUGACAGUAUUGUUGUCUGUCGGUUUGCUGGGGAUCAUGAAAUUACGGAAAAAGGAGGAAGAAAUAGAAGAGAGACGGAAUAAGUUUCUGGACAUCAAGCUACGGGUGUCCCACGACGUGCAGAAAGGGUAUGAGGGCGAGAAGACAGAUGCGCAGAAUAUUGUGGACAAGGCCCAAGCUACCAUCAAAGCGCUGGAGGAUGAAAUGCCCAAACUCCAAGGGAAAGCGGAUGAGAUGAAGGGUCAAGCGGACACCUGCCUGGGAGAGCAGAAAUCUGUAAAAGACCAGCUGGCAACAGCAGAGGCAGAACUUAGUAAAUUAAAAGGUGAAACCGAUAAGGAGGCUGCCAGCUGGAAAACAGAAUUGGAAACAUUGAAUCAGCAAAUGGCAGCUCAGAGUGCAGCAUGUAAAUAUUUGAAAAAAGGAUCACAAGAAGGAAGCAAGUUGUGUGGCAUUGAAGUGAAGGCGGAGGCCCCUAAACAAGAGGAGCCAAAGGCGGAGGCCCCUAAAAAAGAGGAGCCAAAGGCGGAGGCCCCUAAAAAAGAGGAGCCAAAGGCGGAGGCCCCUAAACAAGAGGAGCCAAAGCCAGAGGCUCCUAAACAAUAGGGGCCAAAGACAGAGGCCCCUAAAUAAGAGAAGCCUGAAGCAGGGGCCCCUAAGAAGAGAUGAGAUAUCAGAAUAUCUGUUUUUAACUCCUUCAUUUGUUAAAGAUGUACAGUUUUUGUGCACUGCACAUAUUGCAACCAUAUUUUAGCUUGUAGCUUCACUGGGUCACUUGUGGUACAGGGAAAGCGUUUAAAAUUGGACUACUCACUAUUUGGGUUGUGAAUGAAUAUUCCCUUCCAAUCUAUUUAUUUUUGUGCAACAAAAUUAAGAAGAAUUUGGGUUUGUUUGUGUGUAUGUGUAAAAUACUUGGUAAUAAACAGGUGCUGUCAUAGUGCAAUGUUUUGUCCUAGCUAGGAUAAAGAGUGUGUGAUAUCUGGAAUACAACAUGGGGAAUGUGAGAGAUUGUUGACUAAUGGAAUGAUGGUGAGGGGACUUUGCAGGUUCCUGGUGUAAAUACACCAGAAGGAGAUGAUCCUUCCAUGUUCUCCUGUGCGGCUUCACAACUCUGUCUGUCGUGACUCUAGAUGGAUUUAUGGCACAAAGAAAAUGCACACACAGCUGUGAACAAGCUUUACUGCAAUAUAUUGUCAAAAAUGUACUAACUUUUGAAUAACUUUUAUUUUAAAAAAUCUCUUCCAUUAAAAUAAAUUGUUACUGAUAAUUCAACACGAACAUGCAUCUUUCCUACAUUUGACCAACUCUGUUUUUGAUUAUCUAAAACAAUAGAGGGUGAUUACUUUUGAC